CAGGAACCAGAGAGGAUGGCUGGGGCGGGCAGCCAGCACCACCCUCCGGGAGUCGCGGCAGGAGCGGCCGCUGGAGCCGGCGCGGUUUCCCCCACCGCUGCGGGACCGGGAGAGGAUUCGUCCGACAGUGAAGCGGAGCAGGAGGGACCCCAGAAGCUGAUCCGCAAAGUGUCCACCUCUGGGCAGAUCCGGACCAAGACCAGCAUUAAAGAGGGACAGCUGCUGAAGCAAACCAGCUCCUUCCAAAGGUGGAAAAAGAGAUACUUCAAACUUCGAGGCCGGACACUUUAUUACGCAAAAGACUCAAAGUCCUUGAUAUUUGAUGAAGUUGACCUCUCAGAUGCCAGCGUCGCUGAAGCAAGUACCAAAAAUGUCAACAACAGCUUUACGAUAAUCACUCCAUUCAGAAGGCUGAUGCUAUGUGCUGAGAACAGGAAGGAGAUGGAAGAUUGGAUCAGCUCUCUGAAGUCAGUACAGAGCAGAGAACCCUAUGAGGUGGCUCAGUUUAAUGUGGAACAUUUCUCAGGGAUGCAUAACUGGUAUGCCUGCUCCCAUGCCCGGCCUACCUUCUGUAACGUGUGCAGAGAGAGCCUCUCCGGAGUUACCUCCCAUGGCCUGUCCUGCGAAGUGUGUAAGUUCAAGGCUCACAAAAGAUGUGCGGUGAGGGCAACUAAUAACUGCAAAUGGACCACGCUGGCCUCCAUCGGGAAGGAUAUCAUUGAGGACGAGGAUGGUGUCGCCAUGCCUCACCAAUGGCUUGAAGGCAACUUGCCUGUGAGUGCCAAGUGUGCGGUCUGCGACAAGACGUGCGGCAGUGUUCUCCGCCUGCAAGAUUGGAAAUGCCUCUGGUGUAAGACAAUGGUACACACCGCCUGCAAAGAUUUGUACCAUCCCGUCUGUCCACUUGGCCAGUGUAAAGUAUCUAUCAUACCUCCAAUUGCACUAAAUAGCACAGAUUCUGAUGGUUUCUGUAGAGCAACGUUUUCAUUCUGUGUCAGCCCUCUCUUGGUGUUCGUCAAUUCUAAGAGCGGAGAUAACCAGGGAGUCAAGUUCCUCCGUCGCUUUAAGCAGCUGCUCAACCCGGCUCAGGUGUUUGAUCUAAUGAACGGAGGGCCACACCUAGGCUUAAGGUUAUUUCAGAAGUUUGACAACUUCCGGAUUCUUGUCUGUGGAGGAGAUGGAAGUGUAGGCUGGGUCUUGUCAGAGAUCGAUAAACUGAACUUGAAUAAACAGUGCCAGCUUGGGGUAUUGCCUUUGGGUACAGGCAAUGACCUUGCUCGAGUUCUUGGCUGGGGAGGUUCAUAUGACGAUGACACCCAACUCCCUCAGAUCCUAGAGAAGCUGGAACGAGCCAGCACCAAGAUGCUGGACAGGUGGAGUAUAAUGACUUAUGAACUCAAAUUGCCAGCAAAGACGUCUCUACUUCCUGAACCCACAGAAGCGUCCGAAGGAUUUUAUAUGACAAUUUAUGAAGACUCUGUUGCAAAUCACCUCACGAAAAUCCUCAAUUCCGAUGAACAUGCAGUGGUCAUAUCGUCUGCCAAGAUACUCUGUGAAACCGUGAGGGACUUCGUUGCCAAAGUGGAGAAGGCACAGGAGAAAACACUGGAAAAUACAGUAGUAGCUGAAGCCGUGGCCAGUAAAUGCUCAGUCCUCAAUGAGAAGCUCGAACAGCUGCUCCAAGCCCUGCAUGCAGACGCUCAGUCCAGUCGAGCUCCCCCAGGGGUUGGCCCUCCAAUUCCCGAAGAAGAUGUUGUGGAGUCGUCCAGUGAAGAGUCCUUGGGUGAAAGCAAGGACCAGCUCGUGAAUGACAUUGCCAAACCCUCCUCCCAGAAAGCCGCGAAGCCCAGGGAGAUAAUGCUGCGGGCCAACAGUCUAAAGAAAGCGGUGAGGCAAGUCAUUGAAGAGGCUGGAAAAGUUAUAGAUGAACAGACAGUUCAGUCCUGUGAAUCGAUUAGUCAGCCUUGUGACUAUGAUACCCCAGAAGCAGAUGAAUCUAAGGACGAUGAUACGAAAGAUUCGUCAGCAGCCAAAUCCACAUCUCAGUCUCCUGACGCCCAGGCAAGUCAUGGCAAUUUCCAAACUGAUUCUGUCACUGGUUCAGCUGUGGCCACCACCAAAGAAAAUCUCCCUGUGCUCAACACCAGAAUUAUCUGCCCAGGUUUAAGAGCAGGACUUGCCGCCUCAAUCGCUGGGAGUUCUAUCAUCAACAAAAUGUUGCUGGCAAACAUCGACCCUUUUGGUGCGACUCCGUUUAUUGACCCAGAUCCUGAUUCACUAGAUGGAUACUCAGAAAAAUGUGUCAUGAACAAUUACUUUGGGAUUGGAUUAGAUGCAAAAAUUUCAUUAGAAUUUAAUAAUAAGAGAGAAGAACACCCUGAAAAAUGCAGAAGCCGAACUAAAAACUUGAUGUGGUAUGGAGUCCUUGGGACCCGGGAGUUAUUACAGAGAUCAUACAAGAAUCUGGAACAAAGGGUUCAGCUUGAGUGUGAUGGGCAGUAUAUUCCUCUACCCAGUUUACAAGGCAUAGCGGUAUUGAACAUCCCUAGCUAUGCCGGAGGCACCAACUUCUGGGGCGGAACCAAAGAGGAUGAUAUAUUUGCCGCACCGUCAUUUGAUGACAAGAUUCUGGAAGUUGUUGCCGUGUUUGACAGUGUGCAGAUGGCGGUCUCCAGGGUCAUCAAACUUCAGCAUCACCGCAUAGCACAGUGCCGUACAGUCAAGAUCACUAUAUUUGGUGAUGAGGGAGUCCCGGUGCAGGUGGAUGGUGAAGCGUGGGUUCAGCCUCCAGGGAUCAUCAAAAUUGUGCACAAAAACAGAGCUCAGAUGCUAACCAGAGACAGAGCCUUUGAAAGCACUCUCAAGUCUUGGGAAGACAAGCAGAAGUGUGACUCCAGUAAGCCAGUUCUCCGAACCAACCUGUACAUCCAUCCCGCUGUGGACCUGGCCACAGAAGAGUUGUCGCAGAUGCGGCUCUGCUCCCAGGCUGCAGAGGAACUCAUUACGAGGAUUUGUGAUGCAGCCACGAUUCACUGUCUCCUGGAGCAGGAACUGGCGCAUGCAGUCAAUGCAUGCUCACACGCCCUCAACAAAGCCAACCCACGCUUCCCGGAGAGUCUUACGAGAGACACCGCCACCGAAAUAGCCAUCAAUGUCAAGGCGCUCUAUAAUGAAACAGAGUCUUUGCUGGUUGGCAGGGUUCCUUUGCAGUUGGAGUCUCCCCACGAAGAGCGGGUAUCCAGUGCCCUACACUCUGUGGAGGUGGAGCUGCAGAAGUUAACGGAGAUCCCCUGGCUUUAUUAUAUCCUCCGCUCCAAUGAGGACGAGGAGCCUCCUAUGGACUGCACCAAAAGAAACAGCAGAAGCACAGUCUUUCGUAUCGUGCCCAAGUUUAAAAAGGAAAAGGCUCAGAAACCGAAGUCAAGUUCACAGCCCGUUCAGAAUUGGGGCACAGAGGAAGUUGCUGCUUGGCUGGAUCUGCUCAAUUUGGGAGAGUACAAAGAAAUCUUCAUCCGUCAUGACAUCAGAGGGGCGGAACUUUUGCAUCUGGAAAGACGAGAUCUUAAGGACCUGGGGAUACCGAAAGUGGGUCAUAUGAAGCGAAUUCUCCAGGGAAUUAAAGAGCUUGAAAGGAACCCUCCCAACUUGGACUGAGGUGUGGUCGCACUGGUGCUAUUUCCUGGAAGAGGAGUUCUCGGGACUCAAUACAGCGUUCUUGGAAGCCGCUGGCUGUUCUUGUGAUUUUCUGGUAGAUAAGCACCACCGAAGCACCUCUCUGGAUUGAUGUUUUGCUGUGGGUGAAAGUUUUGAUUUAAGGUAUUACAAAAUCAUUUUUGUGCCAAAAACAAAACCCCAAACAAACAAACACCCAACUCAACCCAUUCCACAAAGCCAUUUUCUUGUUGGGCAAACCUGACAUGCUAGGAAGUUCUUGCAGCAGUGAAAAGAGGAAGAAGGACUGGAGACAGUUGCCUUGUCUAAAAGGUGGAUUUUGCUUGCUCGUUGUCCAUUCUCCGUAGAGCCGGCUGACGGACCGGAGGCUCUCUCGUGCACCUGCAGCUGUGUUGACGGUAUGCAGUUGAAACUUCUCAGGCUUCCUUAGUGAAGGCAUUGGCUCCUUCCUAGAAACCUCUGGGUAGGAGAUGAAGAUAGGAGUUGGGUUUUGAGUCUUUUCACCCUAAGUUCCCAGUAUCCACUGGUCAAAGAAUGUGGUGAGACCAACCCAUCACAUACUAUGAAUGAUGCAAAUUUAAUGCACGAUGUUCCUGCCUGAGUUGUCCUUCUUUUUUCUUGCAUGUCAUAUAUAUUAUUGUAGUACUUCAAUAGCUUUAAUGUCUGUUAUAAUGAAAUUUAAUUUAUUACCACCCAGCUACCCAAGCACUUUUUGUUGGUUAAGGGCACUUUUCUUCAGUGUGGACUUUUAAGUAAAGAUUCCAUACUGAGACUCUGUGAACAUUCAUCUGUGCCAUGAUCAGCAAAUGAUAUAUAUCUUAUGCAAACCAAAUUUAUUUUGCCUAUCCCAAACCAUGGGUAUAUGCAUUAAGAGACUUGUUGGGCAAUUUUCAUAAGCUUUACAUGUUCUGUUGCCUAACAGAACUUAUUACAACUUUCCAAACUCAAAUCCUCACAUUUUGUUCCCAUUUUUUUCAUUUCAAUUUAAUAACCAUUUUGAGUUUCUGCUUGAAUUUGUAAAACUGUGGACAUCUAGGAAUUGUCCAAAGUCUCAGCUAAGAUUUGCACCCUGAGUUAUCUGCACCAGCUGAAGCAAUUAUUGACAUGAAUUCCCCAAUGGAAGAAAUUUAGUUUUGCUUCUUAAGGGCUUUUUGUAUUAUUAUAUCACACACAUUUUGAUAGUCUACCAGGUAGAAAUUAUUUUCCUUUUUUUAAACCAUUGUAUGUCUGUGUUGCUCAAUAGAAUUACCAAGUUUGAAAGCCAAAGGUAUAUAUGUCAAAAAAGUACAACUAUCUUUAUAAGUGUUUUCUGGUCAUUAUAUGCCAAAAAUCAAUUGGAAUAUUUGGAAGUUCUAUGAGAUAUGAGAAGCAAGCAGGUUGUUGAUCCAGCGGAUACAGUUUUAAUAGUAAUCUGCUAGGUGCCCAGUAGAUACACACACACACACACACACACACACACACACACACACACACACACACGUGUACACUUACAUGCCCAUAUACCUUUACCUAUAUAAAUGCACUUACUCACAUGUUGUCUUGAGAUACAGUAUCCCUGAUACUUUCUAGACAAUCAUUUGCCCAAUGUUUGACAUUUUAUUUCUAACUUGGGUAUUUACUAGUAAAAAAUAUCACAAAAUUUAGAUACCUUUAAAAUAAAUGAGGACCUGGCCACAGCAGGGCAAAAACAAAAAAUUCUACAGACAAUCUUGAAGGGUUCCUGACCAUAUAAAUAUGUCUGACUAUAUAUUUUUUACCUAAGUUGUGCACAAUGGAAAUUUUCCAAAGAUAAUUCAUAUCGAGGCUUUUGAGCUGACGAUCAGCCAAUCCCUUAGUGAUUUUGAUGUUCUGCACACCUGUGAAGUAGAAGGUCUCUUUUGUAUACCGCCUGGUGAGUGCCCUGCCAAUACUUCCUGUGAAACCAGAUUAUCAGAGGCCACAUUCCCAGAAGUCUCCCUAGAUCAUUGUUCAGGAGAAAGGGCUGGGGGUGGGGAGGGACUCCAGCAUAAAGACCACUCCAGGCCUGUGUUAAUAUAGAAACCAUUACUGGGUUUUCACCUGCCCCCAAAUACAUCUCUAUCAACACACAUUAAAAAAAAAAAAAAAAAAAAAAAAAAAAAAAAAAAAAAAAAAAAAAAAGUUCUAAUGGCUACUUCCCUAGGGGUGGGCAGUGAUUGGCUUUUCCUUUGUUUGGUAAUCUUUCCAGUUCCUGCUAACACCUUUUAUGUGUUCUGUAAAAUCCCAACUCAUGAAAACUUUCAUUAAGUAGAAUGGCUUUGGGAAGACGGACAUCCUUCAAGAUGACAGUUUGAAUGAGCGGUUUUGUCCAAUGUGAAUGUUUUUCUCUGUAAUCCAUGUCAGCAUGAAUCAGGGCUGGAUGCCAGUGAGUUCAGCUUACCAGCAGUGUGCUCUCAGAGACUCCAUCGGUCUCUGCUAGUGUCAGAAAGAAACCAUCUCAUCCGAGGUAGGGUUUCAAAAACAAGACAGUGGGGGAUGCCUCUCACUAAGAUUCAGUCAUAUCUGGGAUGCAGAGGAUGUGUCUUUGAUCCUUGCUUAAGUGGAAAGAGACGCUUUCCUGUGCACCUGCCUGUAGCUUGCUCUUCUCUCCUCCAAAUUAUUUAAUGUUCAUUUGUCCUCCCCACCCCCAAAGGAAAGGAAGAGAGUUAAGUUUAAGUAAAACCCCAGGUCUGCCCAAAUUCUCACUGCCUUCUGCUCCCCUUUCUCCAUUACCCCAUGAAACCUUUCACCUCCCUGAUUUUUAUUUUAAUGUCACAGGUCAUUUAGCAAAAUGUUGGGGACAAUUAAAUACAUUUUCAGUUUGCUAGAUAAUUGAAACGUUAGGCCAUUUGGAGACAUAUUGCUGUGGUGGAGGAGAGAUGUUCUGUGGAUGUUCAGAUCUGUGUUCUCCAGUAUUUCAGCCACUGGGCACCUAUGGCUAUUACAUUUAAGUUUAUUCUUACCAGUAACUUCAUUUAUUAGUUGCAUUACCCACAUUUUGAGUGCCCUGUAACCACAGAUGUAGAACAUUUUCACCAUUGCAAAAAUACUCCAUUUGACAGCAGUAGCCUGGGUCACUGCUACUGAAAAUGUGGUCCAUGGGCAGUCAGCAUUACUGUUAUUUGGGAGCUUACAAAAAAUUGCAGAAUCCUGGAGCUGACAAGAUGGUUCAGCGGGUCUGGCAACAAGUUUAACGCCAGGUGCCACAUAAAAGUGGGAGGGGGGGGGAAAGCUCUUAUAGACUUGUCCUCUGGCCUCACUAUGCCCACCAUGGCAUGUUCACCCACAUAUUAUCAUGCAUAUAUACACAAUAAUAAAUAAAUGCAAUUUUUGAUUGGAGAACCUCAGGUCCACUCCAGGUCUGCUGAAUUCAAAUCUUCCUUUCAGUCAUAUCCCUCAGGCCUCUCUCCAGCCCUUAGAGACUUUAAGCUACCACUGAGCCACCCACAUUUGCUCAGUUUGUUAUUCAGGUGAUACACUCAGUUGCUCAUGACUUCAUUCACACUGAACAUUCCAGAAGAAUAUGUACUGAGAUGAAGAUUAGGCAGUCUCCUUCAACUUGCACAUUUUCAUUUUCUUGUAUCAGUAGAUUAUCCUGUUGCCAUAGUUCAUGCUUGAAGGCUCAUAGCAGCCCACACACAUUAAAUGACUCAUUAGGUGUACAAAAAAAAGGAUGAAGAAUCCAAAUGAUUUCAAGAAAAGUAAAUGUCCUUUAAACAUAAAAAUAUGCCUGAAAGCAGGCAUAUUUUGCUAGGUUUGGAUCUCUUUGUCUUAUGCUAACUUAUCUUGAUUUUCACAUGGUUCAUAAUCUGUUAAAAAUAGUUCCUGAAAAACAAUAUGUUCUUGGCCUCCAAACUCAAAUUGUUCAAUUCUAUAAUGAGAUCUUUUCCCAGUGAUUUAUUGCCAGGAAUUUGACCCUUAAUUUUUAUAUUUUCAUAUAAAUUACUCAAACAUAGCUUCCUAGCUACUGUGAUAUACAAGAAUCUUACUGUUUUUGACUCCAUGGGUUGUUUUGACAUGAAUUGACAAGCUAUGAACUGAGAAAUUAAAGGUGAUCGAUCCCUCUGUGCAUCACUUCUAGAGCAAACCAUUUCCAGCUCCAGCUGAGCCAGUGAACUUUCAUUUUCCAAGGAUGAAUUCCUGGGGGAAUGUCUAUUUUAACUCAGCUGUAAAAUCACUUCCUUUUCAACUCUGACAUCUAGAAUCUCUCUCUCAGCUCCCCCACCCCAAUGGACACAUUCUCUGUAGGUGGAAGUUGAUUUUUCAAAUACCAGACUCUCCCCAGUACAGGUGGGGAAAAAGGAAUUAGAAAUGAAACUUCCUCAAAGGGGACUGCUGCUUCGUGGGAUAGCCUUUGCCAGCGGCUUCCCCAACUCGGCUGCCUGGCUGCCCUGCCACUACCCCACCCCAAGCGUAGUGAGCCCUCCCUCUAGGUUGUUCCUGCUGUGGUGUUCUCAGUGGACUUUUGUGUUACAAUCUCCUCAUAUUGGUAACGAUGCCUUAGUAAUAGGGUUCCUUCACAAAGAUGCAAGUAGAACUUUAGAGAGUGAUAAUUAUUGUUUUCCUAUAAUAAGCAAAGCAUUAUUUUUCUUUAUUGUUAUUUUCCCAGGUUUUGUUUAGAGAUGUUUAUGUUAGAAGAAAAUAUAUAAAGGUUUGUCGAUACAGGGAACGGAGAGCUAAAGACAGCUGGACUGUACCUGCCUUUCUCUGUAGUUGUCUGUUAUUUUCAGGUAGAGCCAUUAGACAGAGUAGCCGAGACUGUAUUAACUCAAUAACAAUGCUUAAGAUAGGCUCCACAGUGUAUAUAUUAUAGAUGAACAACUCACGUCCUUUUAUGUAAUUUAAUAUAUUGUAUUUACAUUAUUUAAUAUACUCAUUUUUUGCACUUCCAAGUUUUAGCUGGGAAAUAAAAACCAAGCCACAGCUUUAAACUUAUUUAAAAAUCCACAUAAAAAUAUUUCCUUCUAGCUACAAGUUACAAAUUGUGUAAGACUUUGUGAAUAGUCUGGGUAUUUCUUACUAUCUAGAUUUCAAGAGUAAAUUAACCAACAGAACACAGGGUUACUUAUAAAGUGCAUUAAAAUAAAGACAUUUCAUACUCAACUGAUGCUAUCAAAGUAGGUGAAUGCAGUUAAAUAUAUAAGCAGACAAGGAAGGAGAAUGUGUUUUAUGACCCUUAAUAGUUGAUUGUACUGUUGUUCUACACAGCUUAGCCGUUCCUACUUCUACAUCUGAGUACUAAAGACGUGCAGCCGAAGGCUGCCUACAGUGCUGAUAGGAGCUAGCUAGUGGUGUGAAAGGCUUGGGUAUCACAGCACACCCAGUUUUGUGAGGUAUAUAUUGUAUACUGAAGAUGACUAACACAUUGGAAUAAUAUAUUUAUCUAGAGCUGGUAAAUAUGAAAAUUAUUUUCAAGCCUUCAAGUAAAUUGCAUUGACUUUUCUCUUUCAAUGGGAUAAAAGUCACUUGUAUGUUUCAAUCUAUUUGUACCACAACUGUCUCCUUUACUGGUAUUAUUGAUUUUCAUAUUACAACUUUUUCUUACCUUUUUAUACCAAAAGAAUUGUCAUGCUGGUUAUUCAACCUUGCCAAGAUGUAUUUGAGUUUGCAAGACUUUUGGCAGAUAAAAUAUUUAAUAACAAACAGAUAUAAAAGCUUUGUAUAUUUUGUGGCUUUAGGGGCAAGCAUUGCACCUUUGAAUUUCUCUCUGUGGGACAGUGCUGACGUCAGCACCGUCCCUUAAAGGCAGUAUUCCUUAGAACCGGUUGUAUAAAUCAGUGCCCUUAUUUAUUACGUUGUGAAAUGUACUCUUUAUACAGAAUCCGUAUCUGAGCUCCUUUCGUUUUUACUGCUGUUGCCUGGAGUGUAAUAGCUCUGUUAAUGGUUGACUUAUAUACUUGAAAUGCUCAUUUCUGUCAAACAGAUGCCCAGUGUUUUCCUUCUUUAAAAAAAAAAAAAAAACCAAAAAAAAAAAAAAAACCUUAUUUUCUUUCCUGUCUUAGGUAACUGAACAGUCACAGGAACUUUUCUACAAAAUGGUUUUUAUAUCUAAAAAGGCACAAAGCAGAAAGAAAGCACGAAAAUGAAUAACAUAGUCAAGAGAUCUGUUAAGCUAUAUUUUGCCCAAUAUAUGUCAUGUCUUCAUUCUGUAAGUCUUUUCUUGUAGUGAAUUUUUAGUUUUUGUGGUGGGGACAUGUCAGUGAUUGCACUGGCCAAUUCCAAUAAGCAUUGAAUCUUGAAUCCUCCCAAAGACCUCACACCUCUAAUGUCUACCCUUUGGUUCCAAAGUCUGUGCUUGAAAUCUGUUUCCCUGUGAUUUGGGGCUAUACUGCAAAUGGUAUCCAUGGAUACUGUUUGCUUAUUUCUGUCAAAUAACGAGAAAGUUUAACUAAGUUUUUCAUGAUUCCCAUUUGGAUAUAUUCUUGACUCAACUAUUCAAAAACCCAAACAUUCCAAAUGCAUUUGCACAACAUACCAUGGAGAAUAAAAUCACUUGUUUUCAGGGAAGGAAACAAAGAUUUCUGUUUUCAAUAAUCGCACUGAAAGUUGUAAAUCAAAGAAAACACUUUAAUCCCUAAAUACAACUGUUUUCUAUUUAUGAUGUGAACAGCAGGUAAAUUGUAAGUUAUUUAAACCUAUUAGGAAAUUAAGAAUUAGUUUGCUUUUAAUGACAGAGCUUUGUAUUAUAGUGUUGUAGAUGCAUUUAUUGAGGAUAGAAAAAAUGAGAAUAUGUUAGAAGCAUAGAUAAUUCAGGAACUUAUGGCAGUUUGACAAGGCCUAGGAACAAAGAGUUUGAACACAUUUUUCAUGCUGUAUUGUAGGGCAGAGCACACAUGAAAUGUGUGACAUGGUGGGCAGUGAACCUCAGAAAGUGCCCUAUUGGUCAUGUCUGAAAUCCUUCCUAGAAGUUAGCUAAUUAACUCUCCAGGGAGCCCAUUUUACUGCAGAAAUUUAUAGGUUAGUUAGGAGGCACUUGGGGUGACCUAAUCUCCAUGACAUUUGGAACAGCUCCUGCAAAUGUUUAUUUCACAGGGUAGAGAUGUCUGUGCUUUCUCAACUCAGCAAUAGAUGCAGUGGUAACCAGUCACAGGGGUUUAGAUGGUUCCUGUAAAGGACAAGAUAAAGGUGACUCAGUCCAUACCAUAAACACCAAAGAAAUUUUCCUGAAUUCGCUGAGCCUUGAAAUGUGUUAGCUGUGAUACCUUUUCCUUAAUACUUUUUAUUUAUAGUAUUUAUGUAGAACUGACCUCUUGGAUCCUGAAGAGGGUCAUUCUGUUCCACCUUGUCAGUGGCUCGUGGUCUUUUGUACACCUAAUAUAUUUUGAUGCCUUGGGUUCCCAGUUCAAAGAGUUGCCCCACACUGCCAGUUACAAGUAAUUAAUCAUUUUUCUGCUAUAAGAAAGGACAGAUAUCAGCAUGAGUCCUACGUUGAUUUACCAUUUCUUUCUCAGUGUCAUUUUAGUUAUAAAGAAAGGCAUCCCAGUUAUAACAUGAAAAAAAAAAAAAAACCCUAGUAACCCUUGACAUUCCAUUUAGACAUGGACACGAAGGGCAGGUGGCUCAGUGGUAGAGAGCUUGUUCUGCAAGUUUGCCGCCCUGAUUCAAUUCCAACAUUGCAAGAGUAGAAACAAACAAACAACCCCCCCCCCAAAUAAAGUGAGGUUGAAUGAGUAACAUCUGCCCGGAAUAGGUCAUGGGUCUUUUAAUCUAUAUAACAUUCAUUUCAGCUAGAAACUCACUCCUGAAAUCUUCAAACAUUUAGGGUAGUUUCAGGUUUUCUAUGUUCAUGUUAAGUGUCUAUUUUAUGGAGAUAAAUAGAGUUUUCAGCAAGGCUUUCACCGACUUCCUUAGGGUAAUUACCCCAAGAAGAGACCUCAUGAAGGCUCUAGCUUAGAAGUGAAGCAACGGGAUUCUUUGCCAGCUUUCCCUGUGCUAAGACCCUCUUGACAUUUCAACAUCUUCCAAAAUGGCAUCUUUGAUCUAGAUAGAGCACGGCCACGUCCCUACCUUCUCUGACUUGGAAUAGUAUUCCAUUGUGCAGUGUACCUCCAAAAACAUCCCACAGAGAAACAGAAGCAGAUGUCCUAAUCAUUGCCACAGUGGAAAUCCAAGAGAAAUCCAUUAGAAAUCACUGCAGUUAAAGCAAAGUGUGAGCUUAUUUUCAUAGGACAUUUUGAUGUAAUGACUAGCUAAUUUUUCCUUUGAUUUUAGCCGGUUGGUGAAGAAGCCAUACUGGCUGAUUUCUGCUCUGGAAAGUUCUUUGUCCAAUAUGGCAGUUUAUUAACAGCAUAGCUUGGUGCCUCAGAGCUCCUGUGGUCUCCCUUCCCCCAAAAUUGGGAUUCUGGAAACGUGAACACUAUAUGACAUAAGGAAAAAGACUAACUUGGAAUUCAUCUGCAUGCUUUUUCUUUGAGCUUAUUUGCAUUUUGAGAUAUGGUCUUAACACAUGGUCCUAUCCCAGGCUGGCCUCAAACUCACUAUGUAGCUCAAGAUAACCUCCAACCUGUAACUCUUUAGCCCAGCCUCCUCUCUCUAUCACAAUAAUGACUUUCAUGAACUUUCAUGAUGGCUGAUCUCUAAGUGAUUAUUGUAGAAAGAUUUGGUACAUUCACGGAGGGAGAGUCUUUUGCUGGGAAUUUGUUUCCCCCAGAGACCUGCCCUGGAGUUGACCCCACUACAGCUGAUAUUCAGCAUAACUUCAGCACGUGUCCUGUUACAGAUGUCAGGUGAGAGGCCCCCGUGUUUGAAUGUGCAAAUGGGGCAGGUCUUGGGACCCACAGUUCUUUUGUUCCCUCCACUUUUACUUGAAAAGCCUUCAGAAAGAUGACGCUGUGUUGAUGACAACAUUAUGCAAAUUGUGUUUUUCUGACAAGAAAUUUAAAAUGAAAUAUGGAACAAAACAAGUGCUUCAUCCUAAUGGAGGUUUUGAUUAUGCAAGUAAAUUAUUUUAUAGGUUGUUUUUGGUAUUUAUUGCAGCCGUGUAUGUAUAUAUAUAUAUAUAUAUAUAUAUAUAUAUAUAUAUAUAUACAUACAUAUAUAUUUACCAUCCCAGAAAUUCAAAUGGCAUCUUGAGUUCUGUCUCCCUAGUUGAACUAAAGUAAUAAUUCCACUGCCUUGUCUCUGUCUUCACCAUUUUUCUUUCCUGUUCUUUUGCUAAUUCUUCAGCAACCCAAUUUCCUGCUUGCAUUCUCUCUUCCCAGAGUACAGAGACACACAUAUGUUUUGUCUUCUCUUUGCUAAAAGUCCUUGAGUAGGCUUUCCUGUCCCUUAGCAGCAUGGACUCUGGACUUCUCCUCAAGCAUGGCUUAUUGAGCAUGCUGCAUGGGGGCAAAGGGCUGAUCAGUGACUUCAGAGCUGGCUGCCCUGCCACCCCGUAGGCAUCCUCCACCCUUCGUUAACCUUUCUUAGCCCAGGAAUGUAGAAGAGAUCCAGUGUGGGGGUUCAGUCCCUUGGCAUAGUGGCAUGCCACAGGUCAGCUCAUCCAAGGAACUGUGCAAAGUCAGUGUUCUGUGAAGCACUGUUGGAUAGCCUCCAACUUGUAAUGCUUUGCCUCAGCCUUCCUAUAGCAUGUUUUUAUUAGUUGUUUUUGUUAAUCCACCUCAAUGACAGCUUAAUUUUUCGGGCCAGUAUUUCAUCCAUGCUUCAUGUAUAGUCAAAGUUUUUCUAUUAAUAUCAUACUUAGUUACACAUACCCAGACAGACACACCUCUCCCGCUGAAUUUCUCUAUUCUUUUUGUAGUCCCAGAGUCUAGCUAGUACAUAAUAGGACUUUGACUAAUGUUUUUGAAUUAUAUUUUUAUACUGUCACAAAUAAAAGCUCAGAACACCGGUGAAAGUCUGGUGUUAGCAAAGACACAUGCCCUCUGAGCAGACAAAUAGAACGUCAACAGGCAAAAGCAAUUGUUUUUUUUAUUAAGGAUCAUCAUUUGUUAAUCACGUGUCUUUACAUCAGAAGUAUUUACCAGAUCUGAAUUCUUGUUUCCGGAAGUGAGACAUAAAUUUCCACGUUGCUGCCAGAGUCUUGCUUGUGUUCAUACACUUGCCCUACAGAUUGUCUUUCUGUUCUAUGCACUCAAUACUUAGAAUCUUCACAGACAAAUAUAUAUAUAUUGAUGAUGAGACUUGGAAAGGAAUAAAAAACAAUAAUAAAAGUGAAAAUUUUAAAGCGAUGUUCACUCAAGAAGGCAGAGGUGAAGUUUGUAUGAUUUCAAGCCACUUACUAUUAAUGAUUAUUGUAUUACAAGUAGAGGAAGAUCUGUGGCUGCCAUUGCCCUUCUAAGACAUAGAGAGUGAAAACCUUGCUGUUACCUCUGGGCCCAUUUUCCUUUGUGAUUCUCUGAAGCUGUUCUGCCAUGCACCCAGAUAAUGAUAAAAGUUAGCACAGCGCUCUUCAAGUUAAAUUUCUCAAACGAACACUAGUCAGUGCAUAUAAUAAAAGUGCAAUGCUCUCUUCUAGGCACUUGGUAAACUUUUCCUACCUGCUAUAACCUUGGCACUCACUUAGAUGCUGAAGAUGGAAAAAUAAGACAGGAUUCCUGUCUGGUAGAGUUUAAAUUUGUUCUCAAUUUGCUUUUCCUACAGUCUGUAUUAAGAAAUGAGGAGGAAUUUAAAAAAAAAAAAAAGUUUUUUCCUCAGGUUAUUUCAGUCGAGUCUAAUUCCUCCCCACCAUCCUCCAAAACUAACCAAAUCUGAGUCAUCAUGAAGCAAUCCCAUUUUUAUUUCUACAGCUGUUAAAUGUUCAUGUCGGCCAUAGUCCGGGCCGUGACUGAUCAAGUGUACGCUUCAUUAACCCUGCACUACACUACUUCUGCCACUAGAGGAGCUGUGCUGGAACUCCAGUGUCCCCUUUAUAGAAAAGGGUGAAUCUCAGGUUUAUUUUGGGAAGGCAGAAAUUCAUGACAUUCAUAGCAAAAUGCAUGAGGGGCAACAUUAUAAACCCCCAGGGGAGGAUGGAGGUCGCACUGUCAUGUUUCCCUGGAGAUGGAAAAGCUCUGUUUGAAGCUGCAGGUUGGUGUUAGCACCUUAGAUUAGCACCUUAGCUAUGGAGAGCAGAAAGUAAUGGCAUUUAACAGGUAGCACAUGUAUCUCGGCAUACAGUAAUACACUAGUAUUUGUACACCACAAGGUUCUGAUAUGUAGAUGAGACACAGCAAACGUUUGAGUUAUGAUAUUGACUUCUAAGUACUUAUUGAUGGGUAGGCUAUAGGUUUCCUUUAUGAGAAUGAAUAAACUGUCUUUAUCUUUACUGUCGAUAAGGUUUCGAGGGGAGGGCUUUGUUGGUUUGUAUUUUCACAUUUCGAUAAGCAUAUAUUGAUAUCACUAUUUCCCAUCAUAUAAAAUACCAACCAUUUCUGUGUCCCUUAGCAAAAGAAAGGUCUCCACUUGAUAACUUUAGGCUUAGUUCAACUUUGUAAAAGGUCUAAAAAGGAACUGGACAAGGAAGGCUGGGCACUGUAACCUUCUGCCCAGCGCGUUCAUUUCACUUUCAAUAAAGAUAAUCAGAACUAACUUCCCUCCUGUUACCAUCAUGGUAGAAACCUAACAGCGUAGUUCCUUCUCCUCUGUAUAUUAAAAAAGAUAGUUUUAAUUUAGUCUUGCCAUAUUUAUAGCUAAGAAUUUACUACAUUUUGGUAGUCCGUUUUGAAACUAAAUCCUUAUAUCUGAAAGAUGCAGAUAAAGUCUGCCUAUUUAUUACACAAUGGGCUCUGUUUGCUACAGAAAAGAGUGAAACUUUUACCUGCUUAGCACACUUGCCAUUGAAAUAUACCUGACAGAGCAGAGGUUAUAACUUUGGCUCUACUUACUUUUAAUAAUGAUAAGACGUGAGUUUUGUUUGUUUACAUGCUGUUUACAAUGGCAUAAUUUUUAAAAUCUAUAUGACAAUUGAGAUAUUUAUUGCAUACUAUUUUAAAGAUGUUUGAAUGUGUUUUCACCUUUGGAAUAUAUUGUUACAUUUCCUUGUACAGAUAAUUUGGGUGGCUUUGUUAACGUAGCUAAUAAUUUUUAUGACUACUAAGUGACCAGUUUCGGUGCCUUCGAUUGUGGGGUGCAUGACUAUGUAUUUAUUGUAAGGAAGUCACUGAUGUGUGUAUUUUUGUACUUUGCUGAGAGUAAUGGUUGGUGUACAUGAUGAGAGACGUCUUUCCCAAAGGGCACUGCCUUCAGAGCAACCUUCUCAAAUAAAAAAAGACUGUGUUUGAA